GUUCGUUUAAAAUGCGAAUUUCAAUUUUCCAUUGCUCCAUAUUUCUGCAUUAACGAUUUUUGGACGCAAGGGCGGGCAGCUGAGAUCGGAGCCAUUUUCUUUCCUUGGGCGCGCUUUGCUUCGUUUUUCAGGUACAAUUGAUCGAAGAUGGCAGAAGGGGAGGAUAUUCAGCCACUUGUCUGCGACAAUGGAACAGGAAUGGUUAAGGCUGGGUUUGCUGGAGAUGAUGCUCCUAGGGCUGUGUUUCCUAGUAUAGUAGGUCGCCCACGGCAUACUGGUGUGAUGGUUGGCAUGGGCCAAAAGGAUGCGUACGUUGGGGAUGAAGCUCAGUCCAAACGUGGUAUUUUAACUUUGAAAUAUCCCAUUGAGCAUGGUAUAGUCAGUAAUUGGGAUGACAUGGAGAAAAUCUGGCAUCACACCUUCUACAAUGAACUUCGAGUGGCUCCAGAAGAGCACCCUGUCCUUCUCACUGAAGCACCUCUUAACCCAAAGGCUAACCGUGAAAAAAUGACCCAAAUCAUGUUCGAGACUUUCAAUACUCCUGCCAUGUAUGUUGCCAUUCAGGCUGUUCUUUCUCUCUAUGCUAGUGGACGGACGACUGGUAUUGUUUUGGAUUCUGGAGAUGGUGUGAGUCACACUGUCCCAAUCUAUGAGGGGUAUGCUCUCCCCCAUGCCAUACUUCGUCUUGACCUUGCUGGGCGUGACCUCACUGAUGCGCUUAUGAAAAUCCUGACGGAACGUGGGUACUCCUUCACCACCUCAGCUGAGCGUGAAAUUGUGAGAGACAUGAAGGAAAAGCUGGCAUAUAUUGCUCUUGAUUUUGAGCAAGAACUUGAAACUUCCAAAACUGGUUCUUCUGUUGAGAAGAGUUACGAGCUGCCUGAUGGGCAAGUUAUCACAAUUGGUGCAGAACGUUUUCGCUGUCCUGAAGUUCUUUUCCAGCCUUCAAUGAUUGGAAUGGAAGCUGCAGGCAUCCACGAAACAACGUAUAACUCCAUCAUGAAAUGUGAUGUCGACAUCAGGAAGGAUUUGUAUGGAAACAUUGUUCUUAGUGGUGGAUCAACCAUGUUCCCAGGCAUUGCUGACCGAAUGAGCAAAGAAAUAACUGCGUUGGCUCCCAGCAGCAUGAAAAUAAAAGUGGUAGCACCACCUGAAAGAAAGUACAGUGUCUGGAUUGGUGGCUCCAUUUUGGCAUCACUCAGCACGUUUCAGCAGAUGUGGAUCGCAAAGGCAGAGUAUGAUGAGUCUGGUCCAUCCAUUGUGCACAGGAAAUGCUUCUGAUUUUGCCAGACAACCAAGCAACUUCUUUUCUGGGCAGUACAAUUGCAUUUUGUUUUUAUUCCUCGUGUUUUCCUAAAAUUUUGAUCUCAAUGUUUCUUUUUUUGUCCGUUAAAAUUAUUGAUUUAAUAGUUGAGAUUUUGUGUUAGAGCUUUCAUUUUUUGAAUAUUUUGCUCUAAUCGGCAGUUGAGAAAUUAAAUUAAGCUAUCUGAUAUAGCCCAUUGAUGUAGGA